AUGGCUCUUACUGGCUCUGUUACUCCAGAUCAGACUGGGAAUUCUAAGGAUGAAACUGAUCCCAAAAAAGGAAUAAAUGGGUCGUCCAAACAACACAACACCUGGACUGAGGAAUACUUAAACUUAUUACAAGAGUUGGUAUUAAAAAUAAUAUUUUUUUUUUUGAAGCUCAGACCUCCAACGGUGAUUGGUCAGUUCCACACUCUUUUCUUUGGAUCUGUGCGAAUGUUUUUCCUUGGUGUCCUGGGUUUUGCUGUAUAUGGAAAUGAGGCGUUACAUUUCAGCUGUGAUCCUGACAAGAGGGAAGUUAACCUCUUCUGCUACAACCAAUUUCGACCAAUAACGCCGCAGGUAUUUUGGGCCCUACAGCUUGUUACUGUAUUAGUUCCAGGAGCAGUUUUCCAUCUCUAUGCAGCCUGUAAGAGUAUUGAUCAAGAGGAUAUUCUCCAGAAGCCUGUUUACACAGUUUUUUAUAUAAUCUCUGUACUGUUAAGGAUUACUUUGGAAGUAGUAGCCUUUUGGUUACAGAGUCAUCUCUUUGGCUUUCAAGUGAAUCCAGUUUUUAAAUGUGAUGCAGGAAGCCUAGAUAAAAAAUAUAAUUUUACCAGAUGCAUGGUACCAGAACACUUUGAGAAAACAAUCUUCCUAAUUGCUAUGUACACAUUUACUGUAAUUACAAUAGUAUUGUGUGUAGCUGAGAUUUUUGAGAUCUUGUAUAGGCGGUUGGGAUUCCUAAACAAUCAGUAACCUACAGUACGUGCCACCUAUUGUGUUUUAAUGCAGGAGUUUAUGUUUGCUAUAUUUUAUGUGGCAACACAGAUUGCAUGUAUUUGACUGUAAAUAUGUACAUAAGGAGCUAUUAGCAAAUCAUAGAAUAAAUUUGUCUGAAAAGUUGGAAGGUACAUUUUCAGUUGAAGAUAAAGUAGUUUUAACACUUACAUGACAUGUAGAAAACAAAGGUUUAUUGCUGUGAUGAACGAGUUAAUAAUUUUUUUUUUGUUUACCAUUUUGGGAGACCAGCAAAAAUUGAUGCUUCCUUUUGGCAAAAAGAACUAUUCUUACAACUCAGUGCAUAUCUUUUGUGAUAUGUACUGCAUUUGGAUUUAAUAUACAUACUAACAAUCAUCACAAUGAAUAAAAGGCCAACAAAUUUAACAUAAAUGAGCAUUUAAAGGGGUUUUCCAGCUAGAAAAAUAUCUGUGUUUUAAAAACAGAGGAAAUACAGCUUAUUAAUUAACAAAGGUGUCCUAAUCUCCUGCUGUCAGUCCUGGUCCUGGCACCUCCAUUUCUGGCUUGCUUUCAUCAAAGGAGAGUGUUUCCACUGCUCUGAGAAGGUGGCUGACUGACUGGCACAUUUCAGUACCGAAGCCAGUCCCUUUUCCUGUCAUGGCUGAUGCAAGGACAGUGAAGGGUGCUGGCUUAGCUAUUAGAAUAGUUCACUCAGCCAGACCCCUUCACACAAAACAUAGGUCCCAUGCCAACUCAGGAAACUCUCCUCUGUCGACUCCAAGCCAGAAGUAGAGGCACUGGGAUAAUGGCCGACAGCAGGAGAUCCAUGGCACUCUCGUUAAUUCAACUAUAUUAGUAAGUGGUAUAUUUUGUCAAACACAUAGGGGGAGAUUUAUUAAGACCGGUGGUUUCUGCACCGGUCUUGAUAUCCGCCUCGCUGCCAGAGGAUGCCCUUAUUUAUGACGAGGUACACGGUGUCUAAAACGCGGAUCUUAAUAAAUGACCCCCUGUGUGUUUGCCACUAUUCAACUAUGACUUUUUUUUAAACAUUUUA